UUUCUCAAAGUUCGUUCAGUUUUGCGCGCCUCGUCGCUUUUCUAAUUAAAUGUGCGCGCUAACCCGUUAAAUGGUUUUUGGCCCGUUUAUUUAUUUAAGCCGCAACUCUGAUAACUGUUGGCCGUAGGUUUCGAGCUUCGGAUUUUGUUUGUGCGCGGCUUUUGCGGUGUCUAUACGAUAAUUGCCAAUAAAUUAAAUUGCAUCAGUUUAAUUAGAAUAUUUAUAAUUGUUUCGUUUUCGACUGCUCAGGAAAUAACAACAAGCACAACCUUAAAAGCAUUGACCGCAAUUGCAUGUGGGCGUGGUCGCCACAAGUGCACACAGAUCUAACCAGUGGCAAAUCGGGAUAAGACACGCGCCUCCAAUUACCUGUUAACAGGCUGCCCGUUGCUGACCCAACGCCCGCACGGGCAUAAGUAUCUCUUUGCCACUCACACACACACACAUAACCGAAAUCUACACGGCCGCACAAUGGGCAAGAAGAACUCCAAAUUGAAGCAGGACACCAUUGAUCGUCUGACGACAGACACAUACUUUACUGAAAAGGAAAUACGUCAAUGGCACAAAGGUUUUCUUAAAGACUGCCCGAAUGGUCUGCUGACUGAACAAGGAUUCAUCAAAAUUUAUAAGCAAUUUUUCCCGGACGGAGAUCCCAGUAAAUUUGCCUCCUUGGUAUUUCGAGUAUUCGACGAGAACAAUGACGGCGCCAUUGAGUUUGAGGAAUUUAUUCGGGCUUUAUCCAUAACAUCACGUGGAAACCUCGAUGAGAAGUUACACUGGGCCUUUCGUCUUUAUGAUGUGGACAAUGAUGGCUACAUAACUCGAGAGGAAAUGUACAAUAUUGUUGAUGCCAUUUAUCAGAUGGUGGGCCAACAGCCGCAAACGGAGGAUGAGAAUACACCGCAGAAGCGUGUCGAUAAGAUCUUCGAUCAAAUGGAUAAGAAUCAUGAUGACCGCCUCACCUUAGAAGAGUUUCGUGAGGGUAGUAAAGCUGAUCCACGUAUAGUGCAGGCGUUAAGUUUAGGUGGUGAUUAACCGCAAGAAUUGUAAUUGCGCUUAAAUUCGAGAUUGUCACAGAGUUGGAAGCAUGAAGCAAAGACAACGAAUUCGUGCACAAUAAAUAAAUAUGGUUUGAUAUAAUGGUUAAGUAA